CAGAUUCAUUAAUUAUCAUUACAAAGCAAGUAGCUCCAGCUUCAACUCACUGCUAGUGAUAUUUCUUACGAACGUUGACUCUAGCAUUAGAAUAGCUUUCACAGUUUAGAUAUUGAUUAAGUUUCUUAAUCACAGCUCGAGCGAUAAACAUUUUUCCAAGUGAUGGCCACAUCAACAGUCAUGCAGACCGUCCUUGCAACUCCAGUACCUAGUAGCCUGGUGAAAAACCGGUCUGGAGUGAGCAACUUGUUUUCUGCUACGUAUGUGCCACGACUACGUGGCAGUGCUAGCAAACGGGUGCAGUGCCAGGCCAAGCUGGAUGACCAGAAGAAGUCAGCAGGGCUAAGUUCUACUCCUAAGCCAAAGGUCAGCACAAAAUUCGCUGAUUUGUUGGCAUUUAGCGGACCCGCACCAGAGAGGAUCAAUGGCAGGCUUGCCAUGAUAGGCUUUGUCGCUGCAAUGGCAGUGGAACUGUCCAAGGGCCAAGACCUUUUUUCUCAGAUAUCUAACGGUGGAGUCUCGUGGUUCGUCGGAACAAGUAUUCUGCUCUCUGUCGCGUCUUUGAUCCCACUGUUCAAAGGGAUCAGCGCGGAAUCCAAGUCAGAGGGCGUCAUGACAUCUGAUGCUGAGAUGUGGAACGGUAGAUUUGCCAUGUUGGGUUUGGUUGCGUUGGCCUGCACCGAGUACGUCUCGGGUGGAACCCUUCUGUAGUUUCUGUUUUGUGUAUUAUUCAAGCCAUAUAUGUUAUAACAUGGAUACUUGAAUCAAUGUAAUUUCAGUUGCAAAACAUGUAAGAUAAAUUUUCAAUCAUAUAUAUAAAUUACAAAUAAUACUUCUGUA